AGGUUCUUUUCUUUGUGAACCGGCGGCGCCAAAUUCCCGGAGAUCAAUAUGAUUGGUCGGACACAUAUUUAGAAGCGUGAAUCUUCCGUGCCUGAUCAUUUGUAUUCCUUUGCGGGCAGGGGCAGAAAAGGCGCACGUGUUGUCCUGUGCCUUCCCCUCCUGUCGGUCCCAAAUCCCAAUCUCAAGAAAUUCACUCGCACAGUCCCAGUCUCGCCGUCUCUUUGAAUCUUCUUCUCCUUGUUCAGCGGGUCGUACGGCAUUUCGGUUCUCAACAACAUGGCGGGAAGAAGAAGAAGGAAGCUAAAAUCGUUAACUGAAACCACAAGAGAAAGCAAAGAAAUAGCAAGAAAGGGGAAGAAGGUGAAGUUGGAGCUGCAGACUUGGUCUGACCUUCCUCCUGAACUUUUGGAGUUGAUAUUUUCCCACCUUACGCUACAUGAUAAUGUCCGUGCCUCAGUCGUCUGUAAAAGAUGGCACUCAGUUGCUAAUUCUGUUCGAGUGGUGAACCAAUGUCCAUGGAUCAUGUAUUUCCCCAAACGGGGUCACCUUUAUGAGUUCUAUGACCCAUCACGCCGGGAGGCUUAUUCCCUUGAGUUGCCAGAGUUGCAGGGAUCAAGGAUCUGUUACACAAAAGAUAGUUGGUUGCUCCUAUACAGACCUAGAAUCCAUUGUAUGUUCUUCUUUAACCCGUUUACACGGGAGGAGCUAAAGCUUCCUAGAUUCGAGCUGACCUAUCAGAUGGUCGCCUUCUCCUGUGCUCCCACGUCCCCGGAUUGUGUAGUUUUUACUGUGAAGCACAGUGGACCUACAGUUGUUGCUAUUAGCACUUAUCAACCUGGGGCGUCGGAGUGGACUACAGUUAAUUACCAGAACAGGUUGCCCUUUGUGAGUAGCACAUGGAAUAAACUUGUUUUCAGCAAUGGCGUUUUCUAUUGCCUCAGUAUCACGGGUUGGCUCGGGGUUUUUGAUCCCAAGGAGCAUACUUGGAACGUCCUUGUUGUGCCUCCACCUAAAUGUCCCAAUAACUUCUUUGCUAAGAAUCAGUGGAAGGGGAAAUUUAUGGCCGAGCAUAAGGGGGAAAUCCUAGUUAUUUAUACAUAUUGCAGUCAAAAUCCAAAUGUGUUCAAGUUGGAUCAUAGAAACAUGGUGUGGGAAGAAGUAAAAACUCUUGAAGAGGUGACCCUUUUUGCAAGUUUCUUGACAUCCCAUUCGAGGACUGAUCUUUCAGGGAUUAUGACUAACAGUAUCUACUUCUCUAAAGUUCGUUUCUAUGGGAAGCAGUGCAUAUCUUACUCUCUCCGUAGCAGGAGAUAUUAUCCGUGCAAGCAGUGUUAUGACUGUGGAGAUCAAGCUCCUUUUGAGAGUAUUUGGAUCGAGCCCCCGAAAGACCUAGCUCCCUUCUUUGCAGAAUGCUAGUCAGCUAAUGUUCGGAGCUCAAAUCAUUCUCUUCCUAAUGGAGUUCGAGAAAUCCUCCAUUAGUGGCUCUCCAGUUCUCCGACAAAAUCACAAUUAUCGGGUUUUGGUGGCUGUAGAAAGGAAGAGGACAUUGUUUGCCUCAAGUCUUCAUGUCACUGAGUUAUCUGACAUUUCAUUAGCACCCGCAGCAGAGCAAUACCUUCAUGCGGGGAAAAAAAAAGUGGACCUACUUUGUUUAUGUUGUGCCGGGAAUUAAUGUAUUCAUCCAUGAAAAACUAGUUCAACGUAUGAGAGUCAAUAGUUUAUCGUUGUUUCUUUGUACAGAAA